AUGGGCCUGAGCCAAACGCUCUCGAACAUGACGGUGGCCUCGCCUUCGGGACCCGGUUCCGCCCAAAACGUCUUAAACCGACUUUUCCUCGCUAGUGGCCCCUUACGCUCCGUGACCAGGACAUCGUCUACUUUGACCCCAGCCGCUGCCACUGUUCUCACGGCGACUACUAAUAAUCGCCGCCCUCGACCCUCGAUCCCAAAGUCUUCCUAUUCAUCCUUCUUCCCUUUCACAUCACCCCAUCUUUCUUUCUCCACGUCCAUGGCGUCGUCGUCCCAUCAAAGUACCGCCAGCUCUGAAAUUGCCACACCUCGCUCUCAUUCAUCAACAACGUCUUCCCCAAGACUUGCAAACUCCAAUCCAAUGUCAUCCGUCGACCUUACCAAGAUUGAACAACAAAUCAAGAUGGCCGCUCUUGAUCAACACCGUGGCUAUGUCCAAGACCACUACCAAGAGGUCAAGCAGGAGCGCUCUCCUGAGUAUGUCGACGAGAACAACGCCGCCGGCUACCAAAUUGUCCGAGAGCCUCUCUGGAACAAGGGCCUCGCUUUCACACCCGAGCAGCGUGCCAACAAGAACCUUACCGGUCUCAUCCCCCACACCAUCGAGAGCUUCGACACUCAGUGCGCCCGUGCCAUGAAGAUGAUCCAGACCCGCCAGACUCCCAUCGACAAGUACCUUUACCUAUCCACUCUCAAGGACCAGAACACCGAUCUCUUCUACCGUCUCCUCAUCGACAACGUCCGAGAGCUCAUGCCCCUCGUCUAUACCCCCACAAUCGGUGAUGUCUGCCUGCAAUACUCCAGCAUCUACACCCGCCCCGAGGCUUUGUAUAUCUCCAUCAAGCAGCGAAAGUCCAUUCGCGCCAUGCUCCGAAACUGGCCUUGCCAGGAUCCCGAGAUUUGCGUCGUCACUGACGGCUCUCGUAUCCUCGGUCUCGGUGAUCUCGGCAUCAACGGUGUCGGAAUCUCUAUCGGAAAGCUCGCUCUUUACACCGGUGCUGCCGGUAUCCACCCCUCCAAGACCCUCCCCAUUGUCCUUGACUGCGGUACCAACAACGAGGAGAACCUCCAGGACCCGUUCUACCUGGGCCUGCGACAAAAGCGCCCCUCAUACCCCGAGCAGCAGGCUUUCAUGGAUGAGUUCAUGGAGGCUACCCGUGAGGUCUUCCCCAACAUGGUUGUUCAGUUCGAGGACUUUGACAGUGAGAAGGCCUUUGGCUACCUUGACCGUUACCGUGACCAGUACCGAUGCUUCAACGAUGACAUCCAGGGAACUGGUGCCGUCGUCCUGGGCGGAUACAUCGGUGCUGUUGAGCAGUCCAAUGUUCCUAUUGAGGAGCAGCGUCUUGUCUUCAUGGGUGCUGGCUCUGCCGGUGUCGGUGUUGCUAAGCAGCUCGUUGAGUACUACACUCGCCGUGGCCUGAGCGAGGCUGCUGCUCGUGAGAAGUUCUGGCUCGUCGACACCAAGGGUCUUGUCACCAAGGACCGUGGUGACCGUCUUGCUGAGCACAAAAAGUACUUCGCCCGAACUGACAACAACGGUCAGCAAUUCCGUACUCUUGAGGAGGUUAUCGAGUAUGUUAAGCCCAGCGCUCUCGUUGGUCUUACUGCCACUUUCGGUGUCUUCACUGAGCCCGUAGUCCGUGCUCUGAAGAGCUCCGUCCAGGAGGGUGGCCUUGAGCGCCGUCCCAUCCUCUUCCCCCUCAGCAACCCUCUCACCAAGGCUGAGUGCACAUUCGAGCAGGCUAUCGAGUGGACUGAGGGUACUGUCCUCUUCGCCUCUGGCUCUCCCUUCAACCCUGUCAAGGCCAAGUUCGGUGACGAGACUCACCACACCGUCUACCACCCUAACCAGGGCAACAACGUCUACAUCUUCCCUGGUCUGGGUCUUGGUGCUAUCCUGGCCAAGGCUUCUCGCGUCACUGACGAGAUGGUUUACACCUCAGCUGCCGCUCUGGCUGGCUCCCUAAAUGCCGACGAGGUCCACAAGGGUCUCAUCUACCCCCGCAUUGAGCGUGUCCGUGAUGCCAGCGUCAUCGUUGCCCGUGAGGUCAUGAAGGCUGCUCGACGUGGCGGUGUCUCUGAGCUUCCCGAGUCUCAGUGGGCUGAGUGGGAGGAGUGGGGUGAUGUCGCCCUUACCUCUUUCAUCAAGCAGCACAUCUAUAACCCUCUCUGCUUUGCUGAUGCCAAGUUGUAA